UUUUCCCCUUCGCACCACCCACCCCCACCCCCACCACCCCAUCCCCUAUCUCUCGCCUCCGAUCUCUUUUAAUCCGUCCUCUCUAUCCAUCGUUUCUUCGUCGGCAAGCUACCUCCUUUUCUUUCACCCCUCUUCCCAACAUCCAGUCCGAUCUCCUCGAAUCGAUCGAGCCGCCCCACCGUCUCGUCUCGUCUCGUCCGUCCCCUCCUCCUCCUCUCUCUCUCUCUCGCAUGGCCGACGACGACGAUUUCCAGUCAUCGAGCGAUCUGGAGGGAGCGGACUGCUACUUCAGCGAUCAGGAUGAUGUCCUCGAGGAGACCGUCCUUCAGGUUCUUGAGGACGGCCAUGAGGAGGACUGCCACUGGUCCGUCUCAUCGGUUAUUACAAAGGAGUCCCUUUUGGCAGCGCAGAAGGAGGAUUUGAGAAAGGUGAUGGAUUUGUUAGCUCUAAGGGAGCAGCAUGCCAGGACCUUGCUAAUCCAUUACCGCUGGGAUGUGGAGAGGAUCUUUGAGUUGCUUGAGCAGAAAGGGAAAGAGCGAUUAUUCUCAGAGGCAGGAGUGACCAUCAUUCAGCAUAAAGGCCUUGACUUGUCCAACUCAUCAAACCCAGUGGAAUGUAAUGUCUGUUUCGAUGUUUCUCGUAGCACAGUCACAGAGAUGGAUUGUGGGCACUAUUAUUGUAAUGAUUGUUGGACGGAACAUUUCAUUGUCAGGAUAAAUGAAGGGCAAAGUCGACGCAUAAGGUGCAUUGCUCCUAAGUGUAAUGCUGUCUGUGAUGAGGCAGUUGUUAGGAAUUUAGUCAGUGCAAGGCAUCCGGAUAUUGCAGACCGUUUUGACCGAUUUCUGCUUGAAUCUUAUAUCGAGGACAAUAAUAAGGUUAAAUGGUGCCCCAGUGCACCACAUUGUGGGAAUGCUAUACGUGUUGAGGGUGAUAUUUAUUGUGAGGUGGAGUGUGCAUGUGGGCUGCAAUUUUGUUUCAGUUGCUUAUCACAAGCACAUUCUCCUUGUUCAUGCCUGAUGUGGGAGCUCUGGACCAAGAAAUGCCAGGAUGAAUCAGAGACUGUGAAUUGGAUCACAGUUAAUACAAAACCCUGCCCAAAGUGUCACAAGCCUGUUGAAAAGAAUGGUGGCUGCAACUUAGUUGCAUGCAUUUGUGGACAAGCAUUUUGUUGGCUAUGUGGUGGUGCUACUGGGAGAGAUCAUACAUGGUCCAGUAUCAGUGGCCACAGUUGCGGACGAUUUAAAGAAGACCAGGAGAAAAGGACAGAACGUGCAAGGCGUGACCUUUACAGAUACAUGCACUAUCAUAACCGAUACAAGGCUCACACAGAUUCUCUGAAGCAAGAAAGCAAUCUCAAGGAAACUAUUCAGGGAAAAAUAUCUAUCUCAGAAAAUAAGGAAUCCAAGAUCAAGGAUUAUGCUUGGGUGACUAAUGGAUUGAACAGGCUUUUUAGAUCAAGGCGUGUUCUUUCAUAUUCAUACCCAUUCGCUUUUUACAUGUUUGGAGAUGAGCUCUUCAAGGAUGAAAUGACAACAGAGGAGAGGGACUUGAAGCAAAACCUAUUUGAGGACCAGCAACAACAACUGGAAUCAAACGUAGAGAAGCUAUCUAUGUUUUUAGAGAAGGAUUUUCAGGACUUUUCAGAUGAUGAAGUCAUGGAUACAAUGAGUCAUGUCAUCAAUCUGUCCAAUGUUGUGGAUCGGCUUUGCAAGCAAAUGUAUCAAUGUAUCGAGAAUGACUUACUGUAUCCCCUCCAACGUGCGACUCAUAAUAUUGCUCCAUAUAAAUCCAAGGGCCUUGAAAGGGCAUCGGAGCUCUCUAUUUGUUCGGAUUCUGAUCAAAGUAUGAGUGUGAAAACCAAUCCUGAAGACAGUUAUACCCAACGGAAUUCAACUGCAAAUGGAAGUGGAGCAACGUUGCCAGGUAGACAUUCUGUCAUUUUGCAUGGAUCAAGCUCCGAUGAGAGUGGAUGUUCUUCCCGUAAACGUGCGAGGACAGAUGCUCUUGGAGGUGCUGCUCGUUUUGAUCUGAACAUGCCAGCUGAGGUGGUUGAUAAGAACUGAAACCAGUCCUCCAGGUUGCAUCAUUUUACAACUGUACAGCUUUAAAUUGAAACCGUCAUGACCCGGAUAAAAGGUUUCCUGCUAUAUGUGCUGGUCUUUUGGCAUUUUGAAGCUUGGUAUUAAAACACCGGGAAAUAGAAAAAGAACACCAUAUGUUUAUGAUGUCUUCCCUUGUUUUGCAUGUGACAAACUUCUAGUGCUCGUGCGUAGGAUAUGUGGAGCCCAUUCAUGCCCUGUGAACCAGUAGGGAUCUUUAUCGAGUUUGGGAGGUUUUCCUAUUGCAGGGGUGCCCUCAAUUUUUGAACCCCAUGCAUGGGCCUUGCGUAUUUACAA